GGGUGUCGCACAGGUAGAAUUGUAAACCAGAGAGAGACGAACGGUGCGACAAGAUGCAGAUCUUCGUGAAAACCCUUACUGGGAAGACGAUUACGUUGGAAGUUGAGUCCAGCGAUACCAUCGACAAUGUCAAGGCUAAGAUCCAGGAUAAAGAAGGUAUUCCCCCGGACCAGCAGAGACUUAUCUUUGCUGGGAAGCAGCUUGAGGAUGGGCGAACGCUCGCUGACUACAAUAUCCAGAAAGAGUCAACUCUGCACUUGGUGCUCAGGCUUCGUGGUGGUAUUAUUGAGCCGUCUCUGAUGGCAUUGGCUAGGAAGUACAAUCAGGACAAGAUGAUCUGCCGCAAGUGCUAUGCCCGCCUGCACCCUCGUGCUGUCAACUGCAGGAAAAAGAAAUGUGGACACAGCAACCAGUUGAGGCCAAAGAAGAAGAUCAAGUAGACUGUUGAUUUUGAGAAAGGAAACCUAUGCAGUAGUUUAUGUUUUAGUUUAUUUUUUGGAGCAGUUGUGCUUAGAACUACUAAACUCAUUAGGAGUUUGAUUGUUAUGAUUUUUGCUUUUUUAUUUUUUUAAACCUCGGGUAUUGGCAUGUUUGUUCUCGAAUUUUGAAUUCCAAAUCUUGAGCUCGUCGUAUUACCUAUUUCCACACUUG